AUUAAACUCUGGAGCCAAAUACAUGGAUUUGAGUAAUGAAAUGAGUUCUGCCGAGCUACUCCAAGCUCAAGCCCACAUUUGGAAUUGCAUUUUCAGCUUCAUAAACCCUAUGUCUCUCAAAUGUGCAGUUCAACUAGGUAUACCUGACAUCAUAAAAAAACAUGGAAAUCCCAUGAGCCUUUCUGAGCUUAUAUCUGCAUUGCCAAUCCACCCAAAAAAAUCCAAUUGUGUCUAUCGGCUCAUGCGAAUCUUAGUGCACUCGGGCUUCUUCAGUCGCCAAAAGCUGAGUGAACUUGAUGAGGAAGAAGGUUAUGUGCUGACGGAUGCUUCCAGGCUCCUUCUUAAGGACGAUCCCUUAAGCGCAAGACCCUUCUUACUUGGCCUGCUUGAUCCUUUAAUGACCAAACCAUGGCAUUACUUUAGCACUUGGUUCCAAAAUGAUGACCCUACAGCAUGUGUCACUGCGCAUGGGACAACGUUUUGGGAUUUCGGGUACCUUGAGCCAAGUCUUUCCCACAUUUUCAAUGAUGCCAUGGCUAGUGAUGCUCGACUAAUCUCGAAGGUGGUGAGUAAUGAGUACAAGGGGGUGUUUGAGGGAUUGGAGUCCUUGGUUGAUGUUGGGGGUGGUAUAGGAACCAUGGCCAAGGCCAUUGCUGAUGUAUUUCCCCAUGUGGAAUGCAUUGUAUUUGAUCUCCCACAUGUGGUCGCUGACCUAAAAGGGAGUAAGAACUUGAAAUUUUUUGGAGGGGACAUGUUUGAGGCCAUUCCUCCCACAGAUGCAAUUUUAAUGAAGUGGAUAUUGCAUGACUGGUCUGAUGAAGAAUGUAUAAAAAUACUUCAGCGAUCUAAAGAGGCAAUUACAAGGAAGGAAAAGAAAGGCAAGGUGAUUAUCGUCGACAUGGUAAUGAAGCAGAAGGGAGAUGACCAAUCAAUUGAGACGCAACUCUUCUUCGAUAUGUUGAUGAUGGUGUUGGUUACAGGAAAAGAAAGGACUGAGAAAGAAUGGGCUAAGCUAUUUUCUGAUGCAGGUUUCAGUGACUAUAAGAUGACUCCCAUUUGCGGUUUAAGGUCUCUAAUUGAGGUUUAUCCUUGAUAUUCUCCUCUCUGGCUUGUAUUGGUUUGGAAUAAUUUGGAAUAAUUUACAUAUACGCUUGUAAUAUUCAUGUUUAAGCCAAUUGAGGUUUAUCCGUGAAUUGUAUUGGCAGAGUUUGGCGAAUAAAGUUGGUUUUGCAUGUU